AUGGAGGAAAGAAAGAAAAAGGGUUUAUGUUACAAUUGUGAUGAGAAAUGGGGUCCUGGUCAUAAGUGUAAAAAUGCCAUGCUAUUUCUUCUUGAUUGUGUGGAGUUUAUGUCUAAUGCUAAUCCAGGAGUGCACAUUACUAAGUUAGAUGAUAGUACUGGUAGUUAUGCAUCUAAAAACUCUUUAGAUUGUCAAGAUAGUGGUGUUGAGGAGGCUGGUAUUAUACUCUAUGCUCUAAGUGGUGCUCCUACUUCUGGUACCAUGAGAGUGAGGGGUAAAGUUCAGCAUAAUACACAAAUCUUGGAGGUAAAGGUUGCUAAUGGUGAGGUGCUUAGAACUCAUGGCUUGUGCAAAGAUGUUCCUAUUAUGUUGCAAGGACAUCAAUUUUUGAUUCAACUGCAUGUUUUGCCUAUGGGAGGGUGUGACUUGAUCUUAGGGUCUGUACUUCUCCAUGAUUUAAAGGGGGCAGAAGGUAAUCUCAUUCAAGAUGGGGUUCAUUUCUUGAAGGAACCUGUUAAAAGGGGUUUGGUUUUGCAGAUUUCUGAUUCCACUCAGACUGCAGAGGGGGGGCAUGAGCAUCAGAUUCAGCUCAAGGAGGGUGCCCAAGCCGUUGUCCAAAGACCAUAUAGGUACCCCUUUUACCAAAAGAAUGAAAUUGAAAAAGUAGUCAAGGAAUUGCUUUUUGUAGGUUCAAUUAGGCAUAGUUGCAAUCCAUUUGCAUCUUCUAUUCUUCUGGUUAGGAAGGCUGAUGGUUCAUGGAGAAUGUGUAUAUACUAUAAAGCUUUAAAUCAAGAUACUAUUAAAGACAAAUAUCCUAUUCCUGUCAUUGAUGAGUUGUUGGAUGAAGUGGAAGGUGCUUGUGUGUUUUCUAAGUUGGAUUUAAUGUCUGGUUACCAUCAAAUCAGAAUAGAGGAAGAGGAUAUACACAAAACUGCUUUUAGGACACAUGAGGGGCAUUAUGAAUUCUUGGUUAUGCCAUUUGGCUUGACCAAUGCCCCCUCUACCUUCCAAUCCUUAAUGAAUGCUAUUUUUAAACCAUUUUUGAGGAAGUUUGUCCUUGUGUUCUUUGAUGACAUCCUAGUAUUCAACAAGUCUUUUUUGGAUCACAUUGGUCAUCUUAGAUUAGUUUUUGAAAUGUUGGCAAAGCAUCAACUUUAUGCUAAACAGUCCAAGUGCAUGUUUGCUACUAAUGAGGUGGAGUACCUUGGACACCUUAUCUCUAGUGAGGGAGUUAGAACUGACCCUAAGAGGAUUGUUGCUAUGCAGCAAUGGCCAGUCCCUAAAGAUGUGAAGGCCUUGAGAGGGUUCCUUAGAUUGAUUGGAUACUAUAGGAAGUUUGUGAAGGGUUAUGGCCAAAUUGCUGCCCCUUUGACUGCCCUUUUGAAGAAAGACUCCUUUGUUUGGACUUCAGAGGCUGAUAAUGCUUUUCAAAGGCUUAAGGCAACUGUUUCUUGCCCUCCUGUCUUGCCCUUGCCUGAUUUUACCAAAUCCUUCACUGUGGAGUGUGAUACUUCUAGUUUGGGCCUUGGAGUUGUCUUGAUGCAAUACCACAAGCCUAUUGCUUAUCACAACCAAGCUCUGAAGGGAAGUACUUUAUGCAUUAUCUCAUUUCCCACUCCUUCUUGGCUGUUUGAGCUCAAGAGCAGUUCUGAUUUUGAUCCAAAGCUAAAGGCUAUGUUGCAAGCUGUACAGUCAAGUUCCAACAGUUCUCUAGGGUUCACGUUCUGUAAUGGGCUGCUAUUUUACAAAGAUAGACUCACCAAAUACACUCAUUUCAUGGCUCUUUCCCAUCCUUACAUUGCUACCAAGGAUGCUAAUCUUUGUUUGCAUUAUGUGUUUAAGCUGCAUAGGAUGCCUUCAACCAUUGGUGUUUCCCUAGCCAUGUCCUCAGCUUAUCACCUUCAAUCUGAUGGCCAAAUUGAGGUGGUGAAUAAAAGCUUGGAGCACUACCUAAGGGUCUUUGCAAUUGAUAGGCCUAGCACUUGGGUGGAAUGGCUGCCUUUAGUAAAAUUCUGGUUCAAUACCAACUUCCACACCUCAAUUAAGAUGACACCCUUUGAAGCCUUGUAUGGAUACCUUCCCCUAAGGGUUUUGGACUAUGUGGCUGGUACUACAAGGGUUGAUGCAGUGGAUUUGAUGUUAAGGGACAAGUAG